UUCAUCCAUUCCACGAAAAGUAUAUACCAUCAACAAUGGACUUCGAACGCAUCCCCCGCUACCCGCGCAUCUUCAUGCACCCGGCGGGUAGGAGCCGAAACCUUGCAUACAUGAUGAUACUAUACAUGCUUCCCGUCAGAUACAUUCCCUAUGUUGGCGACAUUAUCCAGCUCAUGGAGCGCACGAGGAGCGGCCCUUUGACGGAAGUACCACCCAGCUACCCUGACGAGAUCACCAUGCCCUCAUACAUCUCGGGCGAGAGGCAGCUCCCAACCAGAGGCCGCCAGUUACCACAAACAGCCCUGCAGUUCACGGAGACCGACCUCGAUCGCGCUGCCACCAACGAGGCAAUCGAUCGCAUCCUGCAGCCGAUCACUGAAAGCCAUGCAACAACGAUGGCAGCACGCAUCAUCGACCGCCUCGAGUAUCUCAUCGAGAACCAUCUGGAAAUCUACGGCGUUCCCACAAGUUUCACCGCAGGCCGGAAAAUAAUCGCCUGCUUCCUCAUCCUCUUUGGCCUGGAGCGGGCCUUCAGGGAUCCAAUCGGAGAAUCCCUCCUCAGCAUCUGGAUCUACAUCCCUCUCGCGCGCGCAAUCCACCUCGGACGCCGCUACGGCAUAAUAAUUGAAGAGGAGAUCGAGGCGCCGCCCCGUCGCCCGGAGGCCGAGGUCGAGGCCGAGGAAGCUGCCCCAUCCCAAACCCACCGGAGCCACGCGCGCAGCAUCAGCAACAUAGCCACGGCUGCGGAGCCGCAGCCUCGCCGCCGGAGGAGGGUCAUUACCGACGAGGAGAUGGAGACCUUCUUCGACGCCGACGAUCCCCUCGCCACUGGCUACGACAUCACUCGCCGGCAUCUCGACUCAGACGAGGACGACAUCAUCAUCGAAGUCAGCGAAGACAGCGCCGACGACGAAGAAGAAGAAUCGUCGUCCGACUCCGACUCCGAGGAGGAGGAAGAAGUAGCAUACGGAUAUUACGACGAGGACAUCGACUUAGACGACGAGUCCGACGACGACAUCCGCGACAUGUGGGGGGAGUGGGAACUCGAAGUCCAGGAGCGCGAGGACGAGGACGCGCCGCCCCUGCCACCUCUUGACGUCGGGAAAUGGCUCGUCGACGAGGAUGGAGACAGCGACGUCGAUAUGGGCGAUGCGGAGGAGCAGAUUUGCGCUAUCUGCCAGGAAGUGCCGACGGGGGGGGUUGUGGUCACGGACUGUGGCCAUUUGUUCUGCAGGGAGGAACUGCAGAGGUGGGUUGAUGGCAGUCGGAGUUGUCCUGCUUGUCGGGGGGUGCUGGAGUAG